GCGGUGCAUUGAGCGCGCUAUACACACCGCUGCAGGCGACUUUCAACAUCACCUCAAACCGUCUGAGCUCUUUAUUUCACUUUCUCUACUGCUACAGAAUCACUGUUUACAUCGAAGCCCACUGUCUUCUCUUUCGCCUGAACUUUAUUUCUGUUGGCGCCGAGCUCGCGGGACACUAUGCGGCGCAGCCAUGGCGAAGAGGGCUAAAUCGGUCACAAGGACCCUGGAGGAUUUGACACUCGACUCGGGUUACGGCGGAGCGGCGGACUCGUUCAGGUCGUCUAGCUCCUCGCUGUCCUGCUGUCCCGAGGCGCACGCAGCGUACGCGCAUGGAGCGAACUGCUGCCGCCUAACCGACCGCAUGCGCAGUCGCCGCGGUAGCUCGGACACGGUGAACGCCGCGCCGGUCGACGACGGCGAGACGCUGGAGUGCCACUGGGCCAGGCUUCCCGAGCUCGACGAGGUACCGUGGAGCCUCGUGGAAGUGCAAGCGGUGCUUGGCAAGCAGGGCGACCCGCGAUGCGCCACCUCGAGCCCCGAGCUGCUCGCCAGGCUCUCUGCGCUUGUGAGUCGCUCGCUGGUGCGCAUAGCCAUGGAGGCGCGGCGGCUGAGCCUGCGCUACGCGCGCUGCACCAGGUACGAAGUGCAAAGCGCCGCCAAAAUCGUGCUGUCGUGGACCAUCGCUGCGAACUGCGCUGCCGCCGCGCUCGGCGCGCUCUCCAUGUACACCAUGAGCACGGAGGACAGAUACAGCCGCGGCAAGUCGGAGCGCUGCGGGCUCGUUUUCAACAUCGGGAGAUUCUUCCGGUGGUUGGUGGACAGCAGCGUGGCGUCGAGGAUCCACGAGCACGCCGCCAUCUACCUGGCCGCCUGCAUGGAGAGCCUCUUCCGCGAGGUGGUGAGUCGCGUCCUGAACAGCGCGCUCUUGGAGGAGAGUAACGGCAUGCCAGCAACGGUCACUGUGGAGGCCUUUGAGCAAGCUAUCAACAACGAUUCGGAGCUCUACGGUCUCCUUCAGCCUUACCAGCACCUCGUAUGUGGCAAAAAUGCUAGUGGUAUCCUGAGUCUGCCAGACAGUUUUAACCUGCACAGAGAACAGCAGCGGUCAGGGAAGGCUGGUGAUGCCUACAGUCAGGCCGAGCUGCGCACUAUAGAGCAGUGUCUGCUGGCCACACGUGUGGGGAGCAUCGCUGAGCUCAGUGACCUGGUGUCCAGAGCCAUGCAUCACCUUCAGCCCCUGAGUAUCAAGAACCAUACUAACAGCACUCCUGUGCACCAGAAGAACAAUCUGCUCCACUGGGAGCCUGAGGCUCUCUACACUCUCUGUUACUUCAUGCACUGCCCUCAGAUGGAGUGGGAGAACCCCAAUGUAGAACCCUCCAAAAUCACUCUUCACACAGAAAGGCCAUUUAUGGUACUGCCUCCCCUUAUGGAGUGGAUCCGAGUGGCCGUAGCCCAUGCCGAGCACCGCCGCAGCUUCUCGGUGGAUAGUGAUGAUGUUCGGCAGGCGGCCCGGCUCAUGCUGCCAGGAAUGGACUGUGAACCUCGGCAGCUAAAGACAGAUGAUUGUUUUUGUAUGUCACGGAAGCUAGAUGCUGCAUCCACUGAGGCAAAGUUUCUGCAGGACCUGGGGUUCCGCAUGCUCAGCUGUGGCCGCACGGACCUGGUAAAGCAGGCCAUCAAUCUGCUCGGACCUGAAGGCAUCAACAGCAAAAGUGAACAGGGUAUGACUCCGCUGAUGUAUGCAUGUGCUCGUGGCGAUGAAGCCAUGGUUCAGAUGCUGUUGGAUGCAGGAGCUGAUAUCAACAGUGAGGUGCCCAACACAGUGCACCAGCACCCCUCAAUCUACCCCGAGACUCGGCAAGCCACGGCGCUCACCUUCGCCGUGCUCCUCCAACACGUCCCCGUGCUGCAGUUGCUGAUGGAUGUCGGGGCAAACGUGGAGGGCUCUCUGCAGGACGGGAUGGAGAACUACACAGAAACACCUCUGCAGUUAGCCGCCGCCGCAGGAAACUUUGAGCUGGUCAGUCUGCUGUUGGAGAGGGGAGCUGACCCAGUGGUGGGGACUAUGUACCGCAAUGGCAUAUCCACAACCCCACACGGCGAAAUGAACUCCUUCAGCCUGGCCGCAGCACAUGGACACAGGAAUGUGUUCCGUCGGCUACUGUCCCAGUCUGAGAAGGGAAAGGGGGAUGUGUUGUCCCUGGAGGAGAUCCUGGCUGAGGGGACAGAAGCAGGGGAGAGGAAUUCUUUGCAGAUGGAGGCAGCACGCACCGGGAAGGCCAAAAUCAGAGCUCUGAAAGAAGCCAUGUACCACAGCACAGAGCACGGCCAUGUGGACAUCACACUGGACAUACGCAGCUUAGGAGUGCCAUGGACGCUACACACCUGGCUGGAAUCUUUGCGCACGUGUUUCCUGCAGCACAGGCGGCCGCUGAUCCAGGGCCUGCUGAAGGAGUUCAGCUGUAUUGAGGAGGAGGAGUAUACCGAGGAGCUCAUCACACAUGGCCUGCCUUUAAUGUUCCAGAUCCUCCGUGCCAGCAAGAAUGAGGUGAUCAGUCAGCAGUUGGCGGUGAUCUUCACUCAGUGCUACGGACCUUACCCUGUUCCUAAACUCACCGAGAUCAAGAAAAAACAGACCUCCAGACUCGAUCCACACUUCCUGAACAAUAAGGAGAUGUCAGAUGUGACAUUCCUGGUGGAAGGAAAGCCAUUCUAUGCUCAUAAAGUUCUGCUCUUUAUUGCCUCCAACAGGUUUAAAUCUCUACUAGCAAACAGACCAGCAUCAGAGAACACCUGCAUUGAAAUUAGCAAUGUGAAGUAUAAUGUAUUCCAGCUUGUGAUGCAGUAUCUGUACUAUGGUGGAACAGAUGCGCUACACAUCAGGAAUACUGAGGUUAUGGAUCUUUUGUCUGCUGCUAAGUUUUUCCAGCUGGAGGCACUACAGAGGCACUGCGAGAUCAUAUGCUCCAAGAAUAUCAACACCGAGACCUGUGUAGAGAUCUACAAUCAUGCUAAAUUCCUGGAGGCACCGGAGCUCUUGUCCUACAUUGAGGGCUACUUCCUGAAGAACAUGGUGGUGUUGAUCGAACUGGAGCCAUUCAAGCAGCUUCUCUAUGACACCCCAGUGGAGAGCACAGGCCAAGACGUGCUGCAUGCCCUGGAGAGGUCUCUGGCCACCCGGAUUCACUCCAUCCACUUGUCAUCAUCCAAGGGAUCUAUAGUUUGAGACUGUCACAAUUGCUGCUCUGAAACAUUUGAAGCUCAUGCGAAUUUUGUCCAGUGCUGUAUAGCAGGGUAGGUUAAGUGUGUGUUCUGUUUGUUAGUGUAGCAGUACUCGAUACGUGCACUGGCUAAAUCAGCAGCCGUGGUAAAUCGUUCAAUGGAGAAAAUGUUAACAGGAGCUCAGCAGGUGGUAAACUGCUUCCUGUUAGGAGCUAUUAGAUAAACGGCAUCAUUGAUUUUUGCCAUUACGUUUCUCAUUUUAGAUCUAUUCGCCGAGACACCAUGCAGUUCAAUACAUAUUUUCAAAUUACUGUUAUUGUAGUACCACAAAACUGCAGUGAAAGAAAGAAAAAAGUAGUACCUUUUUGCAAUGUAUGAUAGAAAAACUCCACCUCACAUAUGCUAGAGAGCACUUUUGCUUUUGUAAAUGUCUUCAGUAUCAAAGGCUUCUUAAAAGUGCCACCGUCGCCAUCCAAGAACCAGACACACACUACCAUGGCAAUAAUAAAUACAGUUAUAAUAGCUGGCCAUCAGCCUAUCAGCCAUCUUUGUAGAUGUUUUGUGGCAUGCCUGACUCAUAUACUUGCUUCCACUCAGCUCUACGUUGUGAAAGUGUGUGCCUUUAGCAUCAAAAACGGUCAUCUGUAUAGCAAGAGGACAAAGCUUAAAUAAAAUACGGCUAUUUUUGUAAAUAUACAGUGUAAUAUGGAGCGCUCUCUCCACCUGUAAUUAUAUGUAUAUAACAGAUUUGCCCACUCACCAUAUAUGUACAAAAGUCUUCAAAUUAGUUAACAGUUGUAAAUGUGCAGAUGCAUGUAUUUUUUAUUUGUUUUAUUUUGUAUUUCUUUUAUCAGUGUUAGGUUCGUGUAUGUGGAGUAUUUUGUGUUAGACAAAAAGAGAAAGAAUCCUAUUAUGAGCAUGGGGUUAGAAAGCCAUAGCUGUGAAUAUCUUCGUUCCUGAGGAGCUGGGAUGAGAUCCUCGACUCAGUAGGUGCCUGCAAUAUGUCGUGUCUCUUCUCAUGAAGUUUGUGCAACUAUGUGUAAAUCCCUCUGUGACUAAAUCCUUUUCUUUAUAAAGAUUAAUACAAAAAAAAAAACACAUCUGUGCUUCAAGUUAUUUUAUAUGUGAACCUGGUUAAUAUAUGCAGUUCAGCUCUGGGUUUUAAAGACGCUUGCAUGCAGACUGAAUUGCACUACUGAAUGUGAAUUGCUUUGCUGAAUCUCUUUUUUAGAUUCUGAGUAGUGGCUGGCCGUGAUAGUUGAGUGCACCUUGCCUGCAGCGGUUUCACAGACAAGACAGCUUUAAUCUUAGCAAACCAGACAUUUAUGGAAAGAAUUUGUUUUCCGGAGUAUUGUUUAUCGCAACAUCACUUCACACUGCCCUAUGAAUUAAUCCGCAUUAUCGUUGUCUUCUCAUGACCAGCAAUGAAAUUAGCAACAUACAUAAUGCUAUUCUAGUAUCAUUUAUAAUAGAUUAGUGCAAAUUAAAUUAAUGCAAAUCUUAUUCCUGUCUCAGGCAAAUGGUCCACAGUAGACAUAAAUGCACAGUGUAGUGAGGAGAAAAAAGUGAGAAAAGGAAGUAUGCAUGAUGAAAGAGUUUUUACAAAGAGGACCCACGAAGCUGAAAAAAAGAAACAGAUUUGUGAUAGUAAAGGAACAGAGAGGCAUUGUUCUGUGUACUGCCAGAAUGGAGAACACAUGGUUAAUACACUCCACAUCAAUGAGUGCAUCAACUACAACAAUACGGCUUACAUCAUCUCUUCAUUGAAGAAGAGCAGCAAACAAAAGGAUGAAACAAGCUCUGUAUUGGUGUAGGAAUGUUAUUAUCUGUAUAAACUCUCAAACAUUUUCGAGCCUUUAACUGUAAAAUUCAUUCUGUGGAUUUCCUCAGUACAUAUUUAUUUCAUGAACAUAACACAUAAAUAUUAUUCAAUCUUCGGUCCAUUAUUCAAACGUGUACUGUAUAUC